GAAGUGACUUAGACUCUUUGACAUUAACAGGCUGCACUAAUGUUAAUGAACUGAUCGUCUAAAUCAGUACAUUAGUGGAUCAGUCUGUGUUUGAAGUUCAUUUCUGAUUUAAGUGUCUUUCAAUAGCUUUUCAGUUUGUGUUGCUUAUAGGCAGGAAGGACCAUCGUUUUCCUCUUUCUGAGUUGAUCGAACAGUGACAUAAAUCUAUCUUUAUCGGACAGCGGCAACUGGAAGGAUCGAGGAUCUGCGGUUGUCAUUGAUGCCGAUAUGAUCAGAUGGAGAUCUUGGAAAAUUUGAAACAUCCGUCCAAGGUAAACGAUCAAUUGACGGAAACAAAGAAUAAGCAUCAUUAUCAAAGAGAAGAAAUCGAAGAGAACUCCGCAUACUAUCCGAGGGGAACCCCAAAAAAUGAGUGCAACCAAGCUGUAGUUAUCGGCAAAAACCCCAAUUUACAAACGUUCCGGGGAACUUUUCAAAUGUAGCUUGAAUGUAUGCGUAUACAGCAUCAACCUAAUGAACUGUAUGUACAGAAACGAUAUAAUACGAUAGAAUAAAAGAAAUGACGCACACUAACAUCUUAACAGUGUCUGUGGUCAAUCAAACGAAAAAUUUGACAUUCUCUUUGAAAUACUGAGGGAUAUAAAAAGGUUUACAUUUAGCCGACAGCUUCAUUGUUACAGUUACACCAGUGUUAUCAACAUGUUCAAGAUCAAUCUUGUCUUCACGUUUACUCUGUGCUGUACCAUUGUUGGUAUACAAUGUGCUUUAACUCCAGAUACAACGAAAGCGGUUCAAGGUGGUUUCGCCUUCGAAAUGAUCAUGAAUAAACUUCAAACUCUAGAAGAUCGUAGCAUUCGAAAUGAAGAACCCAUGGUCAAAAGAUCUUGCGCUGAUGUUCCCUCGACGGGUAUCUACACCAUUCAACCGGAAAAGCCCUUCAAGGAACCGAUGACCGUGCUGUGCGAUCAGGAGUACGAUACAGGAGGAUGGAUUGUGAUUCAACAUCGCUUUAACGGAUCGAUGAACUUCUUCCGCAACUGGAAAGAGUACAAGAAUGGAUUUGGAAAUCUGGAAGGAGAGUUUUGGUUGGGUUUGGAUCGUAUUUAUCAGUUAACAGCUUCACAACCACAUGAGUUGGUAGUCCUCCUGGAAGAUUUCGAAGGCAACAAGACGUUCGCCAAAUAUGAUAAGUUCGAGAUUGGAGACGAGAACCAAAAGUAUGUAGUCAUAAAAUUAGGUGAAUAUUCGGGAACGGCUGGUGAUUCUUUUAGUGGCACAAAGGGGAUGAAAUUCUCCACAUUCGAUGCGGAUAAUGAUGCGUGGGGAAAGCACUGCGCAAUUGCACAAGCUGGUGCCUGGUGGUACGAUAAUUGUGUUAUAAGGAGUGGUGGAAUGCAAACGGCUCAAAGUGUAUUCGUUCGAUGGAACCAAAGGCUAGUCGAAAGUACGACAAACAAAAGCAACCUCAAUGGACAAUAUCUGCGAGGAAGUACAGCAGAGUUCGGUGCGAUGGGAUGGGAAACUUUCCGUGGGCAGCAUUAUGCACUAAAAGCAUCUAAAAUGAUGAUAAGACAAAGGAAGGCUUAGUUCAUUACCUUCGUGAUUCUCUUAUUGAAUAAAGUCCCAUAACUUAUCAGCAA